CGGGGCUUGUUUUGUUGCAGUUGGUUUUUCGGCACGGUGUCCAGGGCAGAGUACAAACUGAAGGAGUCUUUCAGACGAAAAAAAUAAUAAUAAUAAAAAAAAUGCCGUUUAUCAAUUUAGAGACCAAUUUGCCCGCAAGUAAAUUCUCUGAAGACUUUCUGAAAAAGCUAUGCUCCACCACAGCGGCUGUUCUGGGAAAACCGGAGGAUAGGAUGAAUGUGGUGGUGAAGCCUGAUCUGCCCAUGCUUAUUGCCGGCUCAUGUUCCCCUGCCGUUUCACUCUUGGUUUCUGCCAUUGCUGUGACCGACACUGCAGAGAAAAACAAGGAACACAGUGCCAAACUCUUCCAGUUUCUCACCCAGGAGCUGGGACUCAGCCAGGACCGAUAUCAGAAACCUUGAAAAUGCACCACGAAGAAUGCCAGCAUCGUGAUCAGGUUCUACCCACUGGAGCCGUGGCAGGUGGGGAAGAAAGGCACAGUGAUGAGCUUCCUGUAGACUAAUUUAAUUUCCAUAGUCUAGCUGAUUAUGUGAUCCCUGGUUAUUAUUUUUAAUUAUUUGUUUAAUGUAGAAUUUAUAUAGUUAAUCAAUUUAAAGUGAUCAUGUUUAUCCUGAGGGGAGAAAUAGAGGAGCAGCUUUGCCACACAGAAGGAAUCUAACACCCAGAGGGAGAGAGAGAUGGCCCCAGAGAAAAGUAUUAGCCUAAAAAUGCUUUGCAUUUUUAUUAUUUCACUGAUUCUACCCUUAUUGCUUAUUAUUUUCCUUUUUUCAUUCAUUUUUCUAAAUUGACCGAAAUUAUGCAGCAUGAAAUAGUUUUGUUGGAUCAGUUCUUUGAAUAAAUGAGUUCUUAAAUUAAA